AUGUCUGCUAAGCCAUCCGAGAGCCAUCUCGGCCAAAAUCUAGAGAGAUAUGAGAAGCCUUUGAUCUGCCCUGAGUGCUCAAAAAGAUUUGCAAAGCCUGACCUUUUGCGUGACCACCAGCGAAGUCAUACGCGGAAUGGCUGGCUCUGA